GUGUGUUUGUAUUCGUAUGUGACGAGCCACAAAAGUUUUUGCGGAACAUUUUUUGUGUACAUUUUAAGCGUUUUUCGAGCGCUCAAAAAUUGUUUAUAGCAUUGCAAUUGCAACUAUUGGGCAUUUGCCUAUUUUCAAUUAAAGUGCAUCAAAUUGUGCGUGGCGUAAAAGGUGCGCAAAUCGCGAAGCGAAUUUACCCCAAAUUCGCGUUCGGGUGAAAUUUCAAUGAACUGAGAAAACAAAGACAGAGAAACACACACAUAUACACAGUGAAGUAAGAGGAAGCAGUGGCAACAGCGCAAUAGCAAGCAAUUAUUUACUUACAAUAAAAUCAACAUAUUAUACAUAAACGAAGGCAAAACAAUCCAAAAAAAAAACCCAAAUACCGUUCGAAACAAAAAAACAAAACGCUUCGAGACUCUUUGAAGCUAUCGCAUUGGCCGCUCAAGCCCCAGCAGCAAAAAAAAUUGUGUGCGUUCGCCGCUUUUCUGCAAAAAGGAGGAAAGCAUAUUAAAAAAAAAAGAAAAAAAACCUUCGGUACUCCUUCUCUCGGGCAGAAAGCACGACGGCAAUAAAGUUCACCAAUACACAAAUACAGCGCGCGUGUGUGUGUGCGAACAUACAUAUAUAUGUAUAUUGUAUAUAUAUACGCAAUAUAUUUAGGGACGAAGACGGCGCGGAAAAAUACCAACUAACCUCUUUCUCUCACUCCGCUCCGCACGUUUCGCUGCUAACACUUUGCGCAUCAGUGUGGGUGCUUGUGCCAGUGUGUGUGUGCGUGUGAACCGUAUCCCUGUGCAUGGAUCCUGAAUGUGCCGUUGUGAGUGCCAUUUAUUAGUAGCUGUAAAAAAAGUGAUCAAAAACGGCAACUAAAAUUCACGCACACAGCUACAGAAUAGUAAGGACGCCAGUUGUGUGACAGCAGCGGCAACAACAAUAAGAACAAGAACGCAACGGCGUUAGGACGACGGCAGCAGCGUCAGCGUCGCCACAGACGACUCAAUCCCAGUCGCUUUGGAAUGUUAGAUGCGGUGAGAACAAAACAUUCAGUGUAUGUUGUUGGUAGUAGCAGCAGUAGUCGGCAAACAGUAGCAUUAACAGUGGAAGAGGAAGAAGAAGCAGCACCAGCAGCAUUAUCAUCCAACGUUCAUUUAGAUUAUGGCGAAUUUAAAUUUUCAACAACCGCCGAGAAGCAUAGCAAAUGCGGCAUUAACGGGACGAACAGCAGGCGGUUUCGGUGGUAGCUCCAUGUCUGGCCAUGUAACACCCACGUCCGGCAUGUUUCAAACCGAUUUCGCCACCUCGUAUCCUGGCGCUGCGAAUUACGGUCAACAAACGCAACAGCCGCCUCAGCUAUCGCCGAAUCGGAAUGCGCAGUUAUCGGUCGGUGGUCCCGCCUUAUCGAGUGGUAAUCGCAAUGCGAACCUGUUUGGCCAGCGGCCGUUUGUGGAGCGUCGUGCCAUGGGUUUGGGCAGCGGGCCCAUGUCGAACAUGGGCAAUUUUAUGCAGUCUGGCCGCGGUGGCUAUGGCACGGGCGGCGGAGGGGGCGGCGGUCCUUUAAAUAAUUUUCAUGUAUUCGGUGGGGGCGGCGGCGGUGGCAGUGGCGCAGACUCAUCAACGCCAGCGCUCCUCGAUCCCACAGAGUUUCCAUCGCUGACGAAUGCGCGCGGCCAGAACGAUCAGACACUGCCCCAAUCGAAUCCCCUCCAGCCGCCGGGCAGCAAACCCUACGGUAAUUUCUUUACCUCUUUUGGCAUGGUGAAGCAACCAACGUCAGAGCAAUCGGAAUUCACGAUGUCCAACGAGGACUUUCCUGCGUUACCGGGCACCCAAAACUCCGACGGCACAACGAACGCGAUAGGUGGCAACAGCAGCGGAGGCGUUGGCAGCGCAGCAGGUGGCGGAGUCGGCAUCACAGAGAACAAUCUGGAUGGCACGGAAAAGGCAAUGAAUUCAAUUGUGGUCAGCGGCGGCUCGUCGGGCAGUUCCUCGGGCAGUGCGGUGGGCGGCGGCAACGGACUCGGCGCCGUUGGCAGCGGUCUGGGCGGUGUUGUUGUCGGCGGUGGCAGUAGCAGCAGUGGGUCAAGCGGUGGUGUUGUCAAUGCGACGCAUGUAGGAUUAGUGGGCGCUGGCGGUGGCGGCGUAGGUGGUGGCGGCGUUAAUGUCAACAGCGUGCCCGGCAACAAUGCGAUGAUGGGCGUAGGCGGAGGUCUCGGCAGCAGCGGGGCAGGCAGCGAGCAUAUGAACGAUAAUUCCAGCAAUGAUAAACUUGUGAAGAGCGGCGUACAAACAUCGCCAGAUGGCAAGGUCACAAACAUACCAGCGAGCAUGGUGAACAAUCAGUUUGGCAUGGUGGGUCUGCUGACGUUCAUCCGAGCGGCCGAAACGGAUCCCAAUCUGGUGACUCUGUCGCUCGGCACGGACCUAACGGGCCUCGGCUUGAAUCUAAAUUCACAGGAGAGUUUGCAUCCAACAUUCGCUGGACCGUUCGUGGAACAGCCCUGCAGAGCACAAGACGUUGAGUACAACGUGCCACCCGAAUAUCUGAUCAAUUUUGCGAUUAGAGAUAAGCUCACCGCGCCGGCACUCAAAAAGCUGCAAGAAGAUCUGCUCUUUUUCCUGUUCUACACGAAUAUCGGUGAUAUGAUGCAAUUAAUGGCAGCUGCUGAAUUGCAUAGUCGCGAGUGGCGGUAUCAUGUGGAGGAGAAGAUAUGGAUAACUCGAAUUCCUGGCAUUAAUCAAUAUGAAAAAAAUGGUACAAAAGAGCGUGGCACCUUCUAUUACUUUGAUGCGCAAAGUUGGAAACGUUUGUCCAAGGUUUUCCAAAUAGAUGCCGAGAAAUUAGAUAAAUGUCCCAAUAUAAAUGCGUUUAUGAAUGGACAGUCUGUAUAAUAAUAAUAAAAAACAAAAAAUCGAAAAAAUUUGAAAAAGCAAAAACAAA